AUGGCUGCCAACUUUCUGCAAAUGCUCGAAAACAUGCAGCCGCGGUCUAAGCGCACGAUAGAGGAUCUCAUAAAUUCUGAUGAUCAGCUGGCUGGCAUGGACGGCAUGGAACUCAGAGGCUGGACCCAAGCCAAUCCCACUGCGCCUAGUCGUGACCUAAAAGAUCCAGUGGGCCAAACUCUCCUCGCUGCAUUCAAUGGAGAGUUCGAUGCGCUACAAAACUACUGCGAAAUGAUGAUUAAACAACUAGGCGGGGAUGAGAAUGCACGCGAGACCGUCAGACAGGACAUGUAUACGAAGAGAUGGGGUCCCAGCAAAACCCCCGUCUACUCAAUAUUGCUACCCGCACUCCACAUGCUCCCAGCAAAGAAGGAGGAAUUACUCGGAAUCGUAAGGUAUCUUGCAAACGACCUGAAGGUACCAGUCGACGGAAAGGACGUCUUAGGCUCUACAGCGCUAUUCUGGUCUAUAUCCACAAAGCCCUAUGUACAACCCGAAUUUGCGCAAAUCCUCUUCGACGCUGGGGGCUCCGUGAACACUAAGAACAGGUUCAAUGCUACUCCAGCGAGCGAGAUAGCACAAGCAGAUCUCCACGGCGACACUACUAAGAACGUGCAAAUGAUGAAGUGGUACAUUGAGCAUGGCGGCGAUAUCGAAAACAAAGAUAGCGACGGUAUGAGUGUCAAAAUCUUGGUGGAAAUGAUGAAGAAGAAAGUGCCGCAAAUGGCUGAGGUGAUUCAGAAGGGGAGAGGAGAAAGGAAACAGGGGGAUUGCACGACAUGUGGGAGGAGUCCGAAGGGAGAAAAGAUGUUUCCUGCUUGUGCAAAGUGUAAGAAGGCGAGGUACUGCUCGCAGGAGUGUCAGAAGGUGGACUGGAAGACACACAAGAAGAUUUGCGUUGCUUCGUAG